AUGUUGUUGCAGGAAGCGACUCCAUCACCAGUAGACUGCCACGACCUCUCUAGUGCUAUCAAGAAGGGGGACCUGGAAGGCGUGAGGCGGAUUCUGUCACAGAAUGUCGACAUCAACUGUAGAGUGACCAAUAUGCGCGUGACACCGGUGUUGGAGGCAGCAUACUGGGGACGUAGAGAAGUGCUUGAGUUCCUUGUGAGUGAAGGAGCCUAUGCGUUACUGCCGAACUCUGUCGAUUACACCAUCCUUCACAUGGCCAGUUCGUCAGGAGACGUGGAGACGGUGAAGUAUGUGCUGUCUUUGAACAUUGUGGACAUCGACGCCAGGACCAAAUUUAGGAAGACAGCGGUCUCUGUGGCGAAAGUUAACAAACAUUGGCAAGUGGUGAGACUGCUGAAGUCCCACGGCGCUCAUUGA